UUGGGGAGCCUUGGUGUGACUUGGUUAUGCAAAAGAUGUUACCUCCAGAGCGGCAUGGUGGAAGGAAAUGCUUUUUACUCAGCCAGCAAGUCAUGGUUUCCAGGCACAAUGUCUUCUCUCUCAAGUAUUCCCUGGAUGGACAACGACAUUUAACUUGGGAUACAUCCACUUGGGCAAAACUAGAAUGAAGAAGAUGACACUUUCCUGCCAGAGGCUAUUAAAUGACCAAGGUGAAGUAUGUGAUAUGGACUCAGCUAUUCCAGGAGGUAGCUGUUUGCUUCCCUUUAUUAAUGUAGGCAGAAAAACCAAGGCGUGGUAAGAGAGUACCUAUACUCAUACAGUGAGGUGGAACAAUGCUUUAACAGUGUUUUUCAAGCCAGGGACUCCUCCCUAAGGUGACUAAGCCUUCCCACUCAUUGUCCAGACCUGCCCAGACCUGAGGUGGUUGCCCAGGGAGCUAAAGCUUCUCCCCAAACAAACUUGACCUGGUAAACGUGGUCUUUUCCUCUCUGCCUUUGGCUAUUUCAUCCUCCUCUCCCUUUCCCUCUGCCCCUGUCCUGUUUUCUCCAGGUCUUGGCUGGUGUCAGGAAAGGGGUCCCCUCUCAUGGCCUCCCACUCCAGGGAGCCAAGGCUCCUGCCCUGUGGGUCCUGUGACAUGGUUUUCCGCUCCUGGGCCCUGCUGGCCACCCACACUCAGCGCUUCUGCAUUGGCCGUCAGACCCGGGAGGUGGCAGUUGGAGCACAGCCCCCAGUAGCCACUGAACCACGGGGACCCGGGGUUGUGCCACAAGAACACCACAGCCUCCGGGAUCAGGAGGCCAGCAAAUCAGCUCUGAAGAGGCUAACGGAGGAGGUGCAGCGGCUGCGGCUCUAUCUGCAGGAAAUGAGACCCUGGGUAACAGAAAUCCCCAGGGGGCCACAGGGGCCUUGGAGGCGUUCAGAGGCGACGGCUCAGAGCGCCCACUCCAAGGCUGCUGGCAGCCUGGGCGAGCGGCUGCUGGCGCUGCACUGGACUCACGCAAGGCGCGUGGCAGAGACCACGGCACAGAGCUGGGCCCUAGAGCAACGCGGCGAGGAACUGAGCCGGCGCCUCCAAGGUUUAGCCCAGACCGGGAACGGGAAAUCACUCAUAUUCAGCCUGGAGCAAGAGCUUCGAGAACUCCGGGCAGAGACAGGGCGAACGCGGGGGGCUCUGGAGAAGUUAGGGGCGCACGUUCAGCAGCUCCAGGCCAACCCGGUCGGUCCCGGUGCCGCCGGUCCCGACCCCAGCACCCGGCUGAACACCGUGAGAGAAGCAGAACUCUGUGGUCCGGUGCUACAGGCCACCCCAGGGACUCUGCCUGCGGAGAUCGGGGCCCUGCGUGAAGCCUACAUUAGAGGCGGAGGCCGGGACCCUGGCGUUCUGGGCUGGAUGUGGCAGCUGCAAGCGGAGGCAUCAGCUCUCGAGCUUCGGCGGUCGCGGACACGCAGGGGAGGACGAACAGGUGCUGCAUUCAAGGAGCUUCUAGCAGUGGAGGCUGAAAACCGGCGCCUGGAGGCAGAAAUCCUGGCUUUGCAGAUGCAGAGGGGCGCAGGCCAGAUGCCCUGGGGGCGCGGGGAGCCGAGACUUGGGGCCAAUCCGAGCCCACACCUGAGGAGGGAAGAUCCCCCAAGCCUCCCGCCUCCCGUGGCUCCCCCGCUGCCACCCUCCACCGGAGUCCUGUUCUUGGGUGGCACGGAGAAGGCUUCGCAGCUUCCUGGAGCCAUGACCAGGAACCUGGCCAGGGACCCGCACUACCUCCUGCCUGCCACUGACAUCCUGGGCCCUGCACCCUACAACCCUGGGCCUGGCUUUGUCAUUUUCUAUGACUUCCUGCGGGGCCUUGAGGCUUCUUGGGUUUGGGUGCAACUAAUGACUGGUUUGGCCCGAGAUGGACAGGAAUCAGGAGGGACCACAGCGCUACCCCCAGCCCUUUGCCUGCCCCCACCUCCAGCUCCUGGGCCCACCGGCAACUGUGCCAUCCUUGCCAGCAAGCAGCUUGUACCCAGGCUACUACCAUCACCAUCAGUAGCUGUGGUCUGUGAGCUCCGGGCCUGGCAGGGGCUAGCAUGGGCUAAGGCACCACAGCCAAAGGCCUGGGCCUCACUAGUGCUAUUUGACCAGAAUCAGAGAUUGCUAAGUGGUCGUUGGCGUCUCCCACUUCGGGCCCUCCCCCUGGACCCCAGCCUUAGCCCUGGGCAGCUGAAUGGGAUUCCCCAGGUUAAUCAGGCUGAGCUCUUUGUGCGACUGGUGAAUGCAAGAGAUGCAGAUGUCCAGACACUGGCAGAGAUCAAUCCAGCAAAUGCCCAGGAGUACCAGUACCCACCUCUGGUACCCAACUCAUCUUCACCAGAAGCCAGCCCCCUCGCCCCAAAACCUGCCUUUGUUGACCCCCCUCCUCCCGAAGAUGCCUGAACCAGCAGACUCAGGCACAGAGAAGAGGGUCCCCUCCCCACAACUUUGACCCACCCCCACUGGCUCUGAGUCCAAAAGAAUGGGGAUAUGAGUAGCUUUAAUGUGCACAAGACUGGGGCCUACACUGAGGCCUCUUCUGGGAUCUGCAACUUUACUAACUCCAUGUUCUGACAAGAGUAUGGAAACAAAUACAGAUGUGAGCACGUAACAUGAGCUCCAGUCCCAGCUCUAACUUCCACAAGCACUUGGCCUUUCUUUACCUAUUAUCCUUUUGUUUAAAAAAAAAGUGAGGAUUAAACAUGUCGGGUUUAUAAUAUUGUCUAGCAUAUAAAUUCUUUGAAAGGUGA